AUGGAAAUCUCUCCUUUCCCAUUUCCAUACCUACAAGACGACGAGUGUUCCCAUUUCCUUGGUCUAUUUCACGACAUGGACUCUUCUCCUUCUGACUUCGGAUUCGAAGGUUUUGGCAACGACAAUACUAACCCUAAGAAACGCCCAAGAAAGGAAGACGAAGACUUAGCAGGAGAAGGAGGAGGAGGAGCUGUGAAUGGUAACAACGCUGCGUUUGGAGAUAUACUCGCGACGCUUUUGCUCUUGGACGAGGAAGCAAAACAGAAACAAGAGCAGUGGGAUUUUGAAUCCAUCAGAGAAAAGUCUCUUCUCGAAGCUAAUCACAAGAAGAAAGUGAAAACAAUGGAUGGUUAUUACAAUCAACUACAGAAUCAUUACUCUGCAGCUGGAGAAACCGAUGGUACUCGUCCCAAACGCGCACGAAAAUCUGCCGUUGCUGCGGCGGUUUCCGCGGUGGUUUCCGGCGAGGAAGCAACCGGUGCUCCGGUUCCGGCGGCGGAUAUCCCUAGUGGUUCCGGGUCUGCCCCGGGUCAUAGGAGGUUGUGGGUGAAGGAACGGACGACGGAUUGGUGGGACAGAGUUAGCCGGCCGGAUUUUCCGGAGGAAGAGUUCCGGCGGGAGUUUCGGAUGAGCAGAUCGACGUUUAAUCUGAUAUGCGAGGAGCUAGACGCGACGGUGACGAAGAAAAACACGAUGCUUCGCGACGCGAUUCCAGCUCCUAAACGCAUUGGCGUUUGCGUUUGGCGUUUGGCCACUGGAGCUCCGCUUCGCCACGUGUCGGAGCGGUUCGGGCUCGGGAUCUCCACCUGCCACAAGCUAGUCAUCGAGGUCUGCCGCGCGAUCUACGACGUUCUGAUGCCGAGGUAUCUCCGGUGGCCGUCCGAUUCGGAGAUCCAAUCGACGAAAGAGACAUUCGAAUCGGUCCACAAAAUCCCAGACGUCGUCGGAUCGAUCUACACCACACACAUCCCGAUCAUCGCUCCGAAGGUCCACGUGGCGGCGUAUUUCAACAAGAGGCACACCGAGAGGAACCAGAAGACGUCGUACUCGAUUACCGUCCAGGGAGUGGUUAACGCCGAUGGGAUCUUCACCGACGUUUGCAUCGGAAACCCAGGAUCUCUCACCGACGACCAGAUUCUCGAGAAAUCGUCGCUUUCCCGGCAACGAGCGGCUCGUGGGAUGCUACGCGACAGCUGGAUCGUCGGAAACGCCGGGUUCCCGUUGACCGACUGGCUCCUUGUGCCGUACGCGAGGCAGAAUCUGACGUGGACGCAGCACGGAUUCAACGAGAACAUCGGCGGGAUCCAGACGAUCGCGACGGCGGCGUUCGAGCGGCUCAAGGGACGGUGGGCUUGUCUGCAGAAGCGGACGGAGGUGAAGCUUCAGGAUCUGCCGUACGUGCUCGGUGCUUGCUGUGUGCUUCACAACAUCUGCGAGAUGAGGAAAGAGGAGAUGACGCCGGAGCUGAAGUUUGAGGUCUUCGAUGAUGUUACGGUGCCGGAGAACAAUCUCCGAUCUGCGGUUGCGGUUAACAAGAGGGAUAACAUCUCUCACAAUCUCUUGCAUCGUGGCCUCGCCGGCACAAGAACUCUGUAG